AUGAAGCUGCCCAUCAAAACUUUCGUUCCAGAGCGGCUUUCCGAUGUUAUCACUGCCGAUCCCUCUUCGCUGACUUUCGUUACAAAUCCCAACUUGCCGGCUAGUUCCAUACCUCACUUUUCUGAAAAGCCGGCUUUAGAUCGGCAGAAUAAACUAGAGGCCUCAGACUUUCUAGGAGAGUUCCUCAAGCCAUGCUCAGCUUCGUUUAUUAGCCCAGAAAACUCUCGACACGGAUCCAAAUCUGCAACGACUUUGGAGCAUGAGGAAGAAGAGGAUGAAGAAGAGAGCGAAGAGGGGGACGAAGAUGAGGACGAAGACGAGAAUGAAAUUGACGAGGAAGAAGAGAGG